AUGGCCUCUGGCGCUGGAUCUACGCUUGCUCAUAGAAGCGUGGCUAGUAUCCGUGGAGGUCCUCCUCAGGGGCCAAGUCCAUCGACUCCACAUACCCCGAAUCGCUCGUCUGUUGUUUCAUCCUACGGCUCACCAUCGACUAUCCGUGCUGAUGACGAGUUCAUCGUUGUUGAGCUAGGCUCACGCUAUAUCAGAGUGGGAUUUGCGGGCGACACAUCUCCAAGAGUGGUUCUUCAAUGCAGCCCCGAAGAUCAAAGGCGGGCUGGAGACUUCAGAGGAUGGCAGCAGCCGAAACGGUCACCUGGCUUACAAUGGUCAAAGGAACAUGAGUUUUGGCGAUAUGAUCUAAGAGAUAUAGAGCUUGGCCUAUAUCAGGAUAAGCUGGAGCGUGUAUUACAUGGUGCUUUCUCAAAAUACUUGCUCAUCGAUUCCAGACCACGAAGACUUGGGCUGGUCUUGGACCCUGGAGUACCUCUACCACUAUUGACAGCCACCUUGGAUACACUGUUUAGCAGGUUUCAGUCACCAACUAUCUCUCUCAUGUCAACACCCUCUAUGUCGGCCAUCUCAGCAGGUGUCAGAUCCGCCUUGGUGAUAGAUAUGGGCUGGGCAGAAACUGUCAUCACCAGUGUCUAUGAAUACCGAGAAGUCAAGACAACACGUACAGUCCGAGGUGGGAGAGCACUUUUAGACACGCUUUACAAAACCAUCGAGUCAUUAAUACCAGGAGAACAUGAUGUCACCAAACAAAGAGCGCUAGGGUUUCAGGAAUGCGAAGACAUCAUGUGUCGUUUGAUGUGGUGCAAGCCAUCAGAAUUUCGAUCAUCUCAGCGGCAGUCUACUCAGCUGGAAACAGUUGAUGAACAAGAAGAGAUCGAGGCCGAGUCGGCGCAAACUGGCGUUCCAACAGGAGUCGCCCAAAUACCCAUCAACACAAGUCGUCGUCCAUUGACAGUGGAGCUUCCCUUCGAGAAACUCGCAGAGGUCUGCGACGAUACCUUCUUCGACCCGUCAGCAGACCGAGCGACUUUUGACGACGAUGAAUUACCGCUGCACCUGCUAUUGUAUAGACAUCUUUUACAACUACCACUGGAUGUACGAGCAGUCUGCAUGUCACGAAUAAUGGUCACAGGAGGAUGUUCCAAUAUCUUGGGCAUCAAACAACGAAUUAUCGACGAUCUCACAGCUAUCGUCAACAAGAGGGGAUGGGAGCCAGUGUUCGGAAAGGUUGUGGACAAGCAUCGCAAUAGUGCUAGGAUCCAUCAGCAGUCCAGCACCACUUCUCCUACAGAAGGCUCGCCAUCCUCGUCACCAGGUGAAGACGGACAACGUAAAUCUCCCAAGAACGCUGCCGACUCGAAGCCAGAGCACGACCCGAUAGAAGCCAAGGUUGUACGACAGCGGGCCACGGUUCCACAAUUCAAGGGCCAGAUCCGAGUGAUCCAUACUCUUGGUCCGUGGAUUGGAGGUAGCCUACUCUGUCAAUUGAAAAUUCCUGCCAUGGCGAUUGUUGAUCGCGAGUCGUGGCUCCUACAAGGCGCCAAUGGAGCUUCUCGGCCUACUGAAGUAGACUUCAAGGCACAACACAGACAGAGCGUGCAAGCAGGAGGAUAUGCUCGGGGAGGCGGAGGACACCACGGAAACUGGACUCUCGGUGUAUGGGGUUACCUUUUCGCAGAUGCGAAGCGGCCUCCUUCAGCGCCAAAACCCAUCGUCGAUAUCAAGCACAUCAGACAACACGCAGAACUUUAUCAGCAGACUUGCGUGGAGCGCAACUAUCGCAAUCAGGCGCAAAACCCAGCUAAAAUCUUAGAACUUCAUGCAAGAUGGCAGGAUCUUCAGCGACAGGGCCGCGCUUUGCGGGAGAGGUCGAAUUUGUUGAGGAGACAGCUUGCGAACCCAGCGACGAGCAGCGAUGAUGAGGAUCUCAAGGAAGUGCGCCAAUUGACCCGUGAGCAGAUCCAGGAGGAGGCGCGACAGCUCAAACAGGAUCUUUCGGCCAUUGAAAAGGGAGAAUCGCAGGCUGUUACGCAAAUGGAGGAGUUGGCGCUCGAGUUACCCAAUCUCACUCAUCCCGAUACUCCAAAGGGAAGCGAUUUUGAGGUCAUGAGCUAUAUCAACGACCCACCCACUUUUAAGGAAUCACCUGAGGAUAAAAUCUGGCGAUCUCAUGUUCACAUCGGUUCCGAGCUUGGUAUCUUUGACUUUGCUGGCGCUGCUACUGCUUCCGGUUGGGGUUGGUAUUAUCUUCUUGGUGAGGCUGCUCAACUGGAGCAAGCCCUGGUUCAAUAUGCCCUCGCUGUUGCAACCCGUCAUGGCUGGACACAAGUGUCACCCCCCAGCAUGGUCUACAGCCACAUUGGAGCUGCCUGUGGAUUUCAGCCUCGCGACCUGAACGGCGAACAACAAGUCUACACUAUCGCCCAGUCAGCCGAAGAUGCUGAGCGGGGUGUUCCCGAGAUGUGCCUCACUGGAACAUCUGAGAUCGCCCUUGCCGGGAUGAAGGCCAACACUACCCUUGAUUCCGAAGACCUACCUCUCAAGCGAGUUGCCGUCUCUCGCUGCUAUCGCGCCGAAGCUGGAGCCCGUGGUGCCGACACCAAGGGCCUAUAUCGAGUGCACGAGUUCACCAAGGUGGAAAUGUUCGCAUGGACAGCACCGGAUGAGGAUAUCGCCCAGGAACUCUUUGACGAGAUGCUCGACUUACAGACCGAGAUUUUGUCUUCGCUUGGACUUUACUGCCGUAUUCUCUCUAUGCCUUCCCACGAUCUCGGCGCAUCAGCCACCCGCAAGGUCGACAUGGAGGCUUUCUUCCCCAGCCGUCGCGACAAUUGGGGUGAAGUCACAUCAGCAAGCAUGUGCACCGACUACCAAACCCGCCGCCUAGGCACACGAGCACGCAUUGAUGGCAAGCUCGCCUUCCCCUGGACUUCUAAUGGUACUGCCCUGGCUGUUCCCCGUGUGAUAGCAGCUAUUCUGGAGAAUGGGUGGGAUGAAGAAGCCAAGACUGUCACAAUUCCCGAGUGCUUGCGGCCAUGGAUGGAUGGCAAAGAAAAGAUUGGUCUUGGGGGACGUCGUUCGAGCGUGGAUCGCGUGUAA